GUCUGUCUCAGGGCAAGCAUAUAUUGUACUGCGGUAGCCAGAUAGCAAUUCAGCGCAGUUUUCUAUUGCUCCCUACAGCGGCUGGCUACGCCGCGACAACAACCAACCACGCGCGAUUCUAUCAGAUCUCCUUUCCGUCAACACCCAAAGUACCAGAUGGCAAAUCAAACCUGCAUAAUCUGUAAUGGCUCCAACACCAAAUUUUGCUCCUCAUGCCAUUCAAUUUCGUAUUGCUCCCAAAAAUGCCAGAAAGACGACUGGCCCCUCCACAAGAAGAUUUGCAAGACCUUCACUACCUUGCCAUCACGCCCAUCGCCUUCGCACAAACUUGCAAUCCUCUUUCCAGUCAAUUCGAAAGAUCCACAGCUUGUUUGGAUCGAAUGCAAACGACAUGUCGAUGAUGAAGACGGAAUUGUAUGGGACUCGCCAGAUACUCAAAACCUACUGCAAAUUGAGAACCUUAACCCCGAAUACGGACAUCCAAGACAGUUCUUAAGAAUAACGCGGAGCAAGCUUCGCGAAUUCAAUCUCAGCCAUACAGUUAAGGUUAUCGGUCGAGAGACUGCUCUAAUUGAUGGCUCCUCGUCCAAUGUUUGUGUUCAACAUACCACGAAAGGGCGGAUGACAUACGAUUGGAACGGACCAAUUGUGGUCAUGCGCCAGCCGAGCACUGCUGUUGACCCUUUGUUCUACGAGGAUGUAAGGGCUGGUGAUUUUCGAGUUGCGGUUGAUUAUUUUAGUAAUUAUUAACAUCAAGUGGUUUAUAAUCCAGCUCAUAGGUAGUCAAGACAAAAUUUGAUCAUGCACAAACAUGGAUAGGGCAAGUACGGAC